CUUGUCUCUGCCGCCAUGGACACCAGGUCCACCACGGAUGCCGCGAGUGCACCCCGUAGUGCUGGCCCACGCACGCGACGAUCCUCCUCUCGUGGUGGCCGGCCCAGCUCGCCCCGUCCAGUUCGUAUCGCACAAGGCCAGCAGGCCGACGACGACGAUGACGAACGCAACGACCGUCGCCCACCCGCCGGCGCUCGCUGACUGGCGGGACUGUCGCUACGCCCGGCUCGACCGCCUCCACCGCCGCCGCAGCAGGCUCUCCUGGAGCAGGCGGCUCUGACUCGCUCGACUGGCGCAGGGCGGCCGAGGAGAAGAAGCACAUGCAUCAGCGCCAGCGCCAGCGACAGCGGCGUCCGCAGCAGAAGCAGAAGCAGAGGCAGAGCAAGAGCAAAGGCCGUGGGCCGAGGGGCAAGUUUGCCCGCAGCGAGUCGCCGCCAAUGGCUUCGCUCUUGUCUGGCAAUCAGCAGGAUCCUCUCGCAACCUCGCCGCCAUCUGCUCGUUCUAAUCGCGGCAGGGCGGGUCGGGGCAAGGCGGGUCGUGGCAAGUCAGAUCGCGCCUCCUUCCGCAACUCGAGCAGCCGCGGGAAGCGGUCGUCGUCGUCGUCAUCAGCGCAUGGCGCGUCACCUCCGCAUCGCGAGGAUGGCUGGGGCUCAAGCGGAUCGUCGUCGCGAAACAACAGUCGCAAAUCCCGCGGUCGUGGCCGUGGCCGUGGUCGUGGCGGUCGUGGCGGAGGUAGUGGCUGGUCGCGGCGAGGCGAGGGCUUUGGCGGCGACGACGGCGGCAUGACGUUUGGGAUGCCUGGCAGUAGGAGCAUGGCCAGCGAUACCGGCGGCGGGCUCUUUGCACAGUGGUCGUGGUUGGACGACUCGGGCCCGCAGAACUACGAUCCGGCCUCAACAAUCAUCCUCAACGCUGCAUACGCAGCCGGCGAGUCGUCUGUCUCGAUCCUCAACGACCGGUACUCGGUCAACCUCGAGCGGAUGCAGCAGAUGAACAACGGGUCGGGCUACGUCCGCGACGUGAUGCGCACGCCGCUGCCGUCGCGUGCGCAGGCCGAAUCGUACUAUCUCGGGGUUGUGGAGGAGCUGGUGGCCCUGCUGCCAGCCUCGCCGUCGGAGGUCGACUCGCUCGACCGGCGCCGGCGGUUCCUCCUCGGCUCGCCCAAGUUUGUCAUAUCGCGGGUCAUGUCGGCCUUUAUGCAGGUCUCGCAGCAGAUGCGCAACGAGGCGUCGCCCACGCGCUCGGUCGGGGUGAGUGAGGCCAUUGCUGGCCUCAACUCGCGGGUCAAGAAGGCGGUCUUCAUCUAUGCACGUGCGUCCGGUGAAAGCUCCUCAUUUGGCCAGGCCUACGGCUCCGCGCCGUGCAAGACGGCGCCGUCAUACGGUGCCGACGGCUUCAUCAAGGCGCCGUGGUCGGCGCUGGGCAUCCUCUGCUAUGCAGUGGGGCCCAACGGGCGUGAGCGCCGCGACCGCGUUGUCCGCUGGCGCGUCCACGACGUGCAUCUCGCCGACGCCGACGCGAUCUUCGAGACGGCAACCGGCUAGCUCGCCCGCCAGCCCGCAUCAGGCGUCGAACAUGUGCUCGUCGACGUCAAUGGCCUCAACCGUCGCCCGUGCGGCCGCCCACGCCUCACCGGCCUUGGCAUGGAAUGCCUCCUGCUCGCGGAUGUACCCAAGCAGUGUGUUCUUAAAGUCGACCUUACGGG